UCCAACUAUAGAAUAAAAAGUAAAGAGCUUACAUUUCCAGAAAAUAUUGAUUUUAGAGGUGGUUUUGGUGAAGUAAAAAAGGCUAAAUGGAGAGGAAUUGAUGUUGCUACCAAAGUUAUAACACGCGAUCAAGAUUAUAAAGGAAAAAAUAAACAAGAAUUAUUUGAACAAGAAGUUUCAAUGAACUAUAACCUCAGACAUCCAAAUAUUGUCCAGUUCCUCGGUGUAGUCAUGAAAAGUAAAACCAUGGUUAUGGAAUAUAUGAAUGGUGGUACUCUUAGAGAAUUAUUAAAUCAAAUCAAUAUUUUAAACUCCUUCAAAGAAAACCCAAUGUUCCCAGUAAAGAUUGCAAUGGAUAUUGCUUUACCUUUGUUAUACUUGCAUAAAUCCUCAAUUCUUCAUAGAGACCUAACAUCGUCCAAUGUUUUAAUCCAAACUCCACUUGAUUUAAAACAUAGUAACUCAAUGGAUAUUAGACACUGUAAAUUCAAAAUAUCAGACUUUGGAGUUAGUAAAGUUAAAAAUGGAAGUUCAACUCCAAGAGUAGGCAAUAUAUCCCACAUGGCCCCAGAAGUCUAUCAAAGUAAACCAUAUACCGAAGCCUCUGAUGUUUUUUCUUAUGGUAUGAUUCUUUGGGAACUGAUAACCACCAAAAUCCAUUGCAAUGAAACCCAAGACAAACUAUUACAAUUAGAACUUAGUCCCUUAGCUACUCCAAAAUGGAAAAAAUUAAUUGUUCACUGUCUUGAAGAAUCUCCAGAUGAAAGACCAACUGUCGAAGAAAUCCUUGUUCAAUUAAAAAAUAUUAAAAAU